UGGAUUUGUUAGGAUUUUUAGUUAAAAAUACAAAGACUCAAAUCCGAGGAAAACCUCCGGAUUUGCAUAUUUUAUUUGGAUUUAUAAAUACUAUAUGGAUUUCUAAAUAAAUCAAAAUAUAUUGAGAGCAUACACCAUCAAGAAAGAAGCCUAGAAGAAUCCAAGAAAGAAAUUCAUCAAUCAAAUUCCAUUUCAAAUCCUUAAAUUAAUUAAGAAGAUUAAUGUGUUAAAUAUGAAAAAUUGUGAUCUUAUUAAUAGUUCCCUGAAAUAUCAUUAGGUUAUUAAGAACUUAAAUUUAAAAACACACAGUAAAAAUCGUUAGAUUGCCUCAUAUACACUGUUUUGAAAGGAAAGGAAAAACGAAAAAAAAACAAAUUUCACCUUUUCGAGAAAUAAAUAAAUAUAUAAUCAGCAAACCACCAAAUUUUGUGUGCUUCAGCAAACAACUGUCAAAAACUAAUUUAAAAUAUUUGAUGAGAUGAAGUUUGGUCGUUGGGAUUUGCAGAAAAUGUUGUUAGAGGAGCAAACUCCCUCUUUUAUCUUAUUUAUCUCCUCCCCAUCUUGUUGUUGUUGUUGUUGACUUUCUUCUUCGUCUUCUUCCUCUCUAGCCAUCGAACUCUUGGAAUCUCGACACUAGCCUUAGACUCAACAAGCCGUUAUGUUUCCGGAAAACUCGGUUCUAUCAGAUGUCUGCGCGACAGGAAUCUCCGGCGUUGUCGCGUUCUCGUGACUCGGUUUCUGGGGAGAGAUUGGCAAGCGCGGCAUCUUCGACCAGAAACUCAUCAGGAAGCUUGUGCACAUAAAUAUUGGCCUUGUUUUUACGCUUUGCUGGCCACUCUUCAGUUCUGGACUCCAAGGAGCGCUUUUCGCUUCUCUUAUAAUUGGAGUCAAUAUUAUAAGGAUGCUGCUCCUGGGCCUUGGUGUCUACCAAGACGAAGGAACUAUCAAGUCUAUGAGCAGACACGGAGAUCGCAGGGAACUACUCAAGGGACCGCUUUAUUAUGCAAUCGCCGUCACAUUGGCAUGUAUCUUCUAUUGGAAGACAUCUCCAAUAGCCAUUGCAGUGGUAUGCAACCUCUGCGCGGGAGAUGGUAUGGCUGACAUUGUUGGGAGGCGGCUUGGAACAAAGAAGCUUCCUUACAACAGAAACAAAACAAUAGCUGGUAGCAUUGGGAUGGCAAUCGCAGGGUUCUUAGCAUCUGUUGCGUAUAUGUACUACUUUGCUUCCUUUGGUUACAUCAAGAAUAGUGGGUGGGAUAUGAUGCCUCGCUUCUUCAUCAUCUCUAUAGCAUCGGCUCUUGUGGAAUCACUCCCGAUAAGCACUGCCAUUGACGACAAUCUCACUGUUUCCUUAACAUCUGCCUUGCUCGGCACUCUACUCUUCUAAUAGUAGCACUGAGUCUCUUGUCCUGUAUCAUCAAAUACAGAGUCGUCGAGCUUGACUGCCUCUGUGGAGUAGAACUACAUUCUUAGUUCCCACUUGUUAGUGAAUAAACCUCAUUAUUGUUGUUGCUGCUGCUGCUGUAGACGAUCUUUUUUUUCAGCUGCAAUUCUGUUGGUACAAUGUUGUAAUGUAGUGAGAUAUGUAGGUGUAGUACAGACACAUCUAUAAAGUGUACUAGAAACUCAAUACAUGCAUGUUUGUUGUUUA